AUGACAAAAUGGAACCCACCAGCAGUGUGAGGAGACCUGAAAGUGGCACAUGGCAGAGUGUGGCGAUGAAGUCAGCAGCAAUGGGAGGCCCAGCAUGAGGAGGCGGUACAGGGGCCCAUGGCAGAGUGGCGAAGCGUAAGCAGAGUUAAAUGAGGCCCAUACAGAAGGCCAUACAGAGCCUAUGUUAAAAAGUACCCCCCAGCAGCAGUGUGGGGAGACGACUAUCAAGAGUCCAAUGGCAGAGUGGCGGAGCAGAAGCAGCUUCAAUUGAAGAAGAAGAGGAUGAGGAUUGAAAGAAGAAGAAGAAGAGGAUGAAGGAAGAAGAAGAAGAAGAUGAGGAUGAAGAAGAAGAGAAGAGAGAGGCGAGGAUGAAGAAGAAGAAGAAGAAGAAGAGGAUGAGGAUGAGGAAGAAGAAGAAUAGGAUGAAGAAGAAGAAGAAGAAGAAGAAAGAAGAAGAAGAAGAUGAGGAUGAAGAAGAAGAAGAAGAUGAGGAAGAAGAAGAAGAAGAAGAAGAAGAAGGGAUGAGGAUGAGGAAGAAGAAGAAGAAGAAGAAG